AUGCUCGCAAAUUAAUUAUAACAAAAUUAUGAGAAUGCUAAGAAAUGCGUUCAAGCACUCAAAAGCAUUUCUCCAAUGUAAAUGGGAAACAGUAGGUUUGUUUCUUAGGAAUAAUGUUUAAAGCUAUUAAGAGUAUUGGUGAUUAAGGAACUUUAAGAUAUAGCCUAAUAGGAAAAAGAAGAUAAAUAAAGGUCUAAGGACUAGGAUUUGUUUUUAGGAAAAAGAAAGAGCUCGUAAAGACAAGAAACAAAAGAAGAUGGGGAAUAGGAAGAACUCGAAAUGAUUAAGAUUAAAAAAAUAAAAAGAAACGAAAUCAAUAAUUCUAAUUUAGAUAUCAGCUCUCUCUAUGAGGAAAAGAAGGAGGAAAAUAAUAAAUUGGAUUAAUAGUUUUUAGCUUAGCACAAUAAUAUACAAAUUUAAUAUUUUGAGUAAUGUUUUCAUUCAAAGCUAUUUGGUAUGAUAUAUAGCAAUUUCUCUAGACCUUCUUCUGAUAUAGCAGAGUUAUUCCACUCUCUUACUAAUGUACAAGAUAUGUUUAAGCAUCUUAAAACAAUUUAUAAAAAUCAAUCAAUUAUUAUAAAUAAUAAGCCUAAAAUAUUUGAAGAGUGUUUCAACUAUGUCGUUUUAAAUAUUAUACUUAAAAAAGAAGAGUUUUUAAAUGAUAUUAUUAAACAUUAUGAGGAAUUAAAAGACUUUAUCAAAGAAACUUAAAUUCGUACAGAGUAAUUAUACAACUUACUUAGUAGAGUAGUUCAGUAUGAAUACAGAUAAGAUGUAUAAAAAUUUUAGGAUAAUGAUUUUUCUCCUGUCUUAAAGCUAUUUACUGAAAUUUGCUCUUAAUUAAGUAAUGAAAGUAAAGAAGAUCAAGCAAGUAAAGAAGAGUUAAAAUUAGCUUUCAAGCACUACAUCAAAAUAAAUCAUCGUACGUCUCUUUUAAAAAUGGCUAUAGGCGAGUAUGAAAAAGUAAUACAAGGUGAAAAUUUGCUAAAAGAUGCUUUCAAUGAUAAAUUGUAUUUACUUAAAACCUAAACACUCGACUCCAGCGAAUCUGAUCAUAUAUCUUCCUUUUUAGUUUACAUGGUUUUCAGGAUAAGACCCUUAUUUGAAGAUUUAUUUGAGAGUUUUCAAUAAUAUAGCUAAAAUGUUUAAAAAUAAAUUAUGAAUAUCCUUACCAGAGAUUAAAAUAAGACAAAACUAAAAGGAUUCUUGUAAUCAAAACCUAAUUAGCAAAGGACUUAGUAAUAAGCCUUUCUCGAAAUCUUACUCAAGACAUUCGAUUAUAAUAAUAGUUAUAUGCUGCAAGUUUUUAUCUUCGAUUUGCUGACUAGAUAAGAUUAAUAAUUUAUUGAUCAAGCAGAAAGUUAAAAAAUUUUGGAAAAGCUUAAAAGUCAUGUGAAUUAAACACAUAACAUAUUUGAUUUUUAUAAAAGUUUCCCUGAUUACUUUGAUGAAAAUAUUAUUUAGGAAUACAAAAACUUGAAAGAACUUUAAGCUCCUACUUUCUCUUAAUUCAAAGAAAAAUUCAGUUUUUUACCAGAAGCAAAAUCCUAGUCAACUCAUUUAAUUUUGUUUAAGAGGUUUUUAGUUGAAGACAGCUGGUUUAUAAAUAAAGAAAAUAUGCGUGAGUUUGUAAAUUAUUUUACAGAAAAAGUUGAUCAUGAUUAAAUGCUUGAUUUCUUCCUUAAAAUUGUUACCUAAGAUAAAUAAAAUUUAAACGUCCUAAUUAUACCAUUUUUAUUAAAGUUAUAAGCUAUUAUUGAUGGCUAAAAUGAAAAGUAGGAAAAAUUAAUAGAAAAUAUAGUUAUUGAAAUGGUUUAAAAUAAAGUAUGGACUUUAAAUAGCACUUUCCUGCAUGGAUUAAAGAUAUAUUUCAAUAAUUUGUGCACUCCAGAAAAGAAAUCUCAAUUGUUUGCAAAAAUAAAUUCUUUCUUUUCUAAUUUAUAAAAUGGUAAAGAAGCUCUUUAAUAAUUUGAAGAAACUUUUGAAUAGUGA